AUGAGCCAAACCACUCAAGUCCUCACGUUCCGGCCGUCUCCGUCCGACUCGAACCUGACAUUGAUAGAGCGCACGAAUUACGACCCCAACUACCCGCAAGCGUACACCACGACGCCACUGUUCUCCAUUUCCAGCCAAAAAUCGUCGAAAGAGGUCCACAUCUACCGCAUCGGCGUGGGCAACCACGCCAUCCAUCCCACAUUGAUCAGCUCUUCGAGGUACAGUUCUCUGAAGUCCGCCACGGAGAUCUCCCUCGCGGCCGGCCAGUCCAUUAAACUGACGUCCAGUGGCGCGGGGGACGGGUAUAAAUUCACGUGUCCCCCACUUGGGCGGAUGAAGUGGAAGAGCAAAAUGAGCGGGGCGCUGGUGCUGCAGGAUGAGAAUCGGAUUCAGUUGGCGAGAUACGAUUCUCAGAGUGGGUUCAAGGGAGUGCAGGCGGCCAAGUUUGUAAUUCUCGUCCCAGCGGAUGAUUAUCUGUUGGAUGUCAUUGUUGUGACGGGGAUGGCGGCGGUGAAGAUGCAGGGCAAGGAUAAGACGGCGUUGGAGGUCGUGGCCGAGGUGGUUGGUGGGGUUGCUGGCUCGGGUUGA